UUUCAAACAUCUAGCAAUGUACACACAAGAAACAAGCGCGUGACAAAGAUAUUGGAUAUUGGAAAUGGGUCGUUUGUAUGGUUCAUCAAUUCUUUGGUCAAUCCUAGUUUAGGCUCAGUAAUAUCUUGCACUGGGUAUUGUUUUCUCAGCUUAGUGAAGUAGCAAUGGUUUUUAUCAAUCGUGAUUUGUAAAACUUCAGAUCUUGUCUAUAGUAUAUACUAUAGAUCCAUUCCAGUUGGUGACAGUUGGCCCAAAUUAUAUGAACGACUUUGGUCAUUUCAUAAAUAUCUUUGCAAGCUCACAACCACUCGUACGGUUCAAAACCAGGUUAGGGAUUACGAUUAAUAGUUAGCUAAUCCCAGGGUCUGGUUGACACUGGUAAUGGUUUCCAAAGCUAAGGUGACACUAAAUAAGCUAUUUGUUAGCGAAAAGUGUUGGUUUACCUAGUUGUUCCCUUAUAUUCACAUCUGUUGACGUUUAAGUUGCACAGGUUAUGAAUUCCCAGUUUAUGGAAAGAUCACUUACGACAAUAUCGAAUCUGCUAUCUUUCCUACUGAUUUUCUAGCCAUGCUCUGAGAACUUAUAAACAAAAUGAAGUUUGGACUUGCGACUCAUCAUUAACAGAUACUUCAUGCCAUUUUAGUAGUGUUUGAAUAAACCGCAUUCAGAACUUAAGUUUUCAUACACGUCGACAAAUUAAGGCACCGCUUAAUAAAAAAACAAUGCUAUUGUCACAAAAACAAGGUACAAAAUACUGAACCAGGCAUAGCCAGCUGCCUAUGAUUUUCAUGACUUUUCAUCUUCGUUUCCCCUCGUAUCAUUCACCUUUAAGGAUUUAAAUUAAAUCCAUAAAAUAUUACUAAGACAUAUGGAGUUUUGACUGAAUACGAGUAUGAACGGAUCCAUCAAAAAUAACCGAUUUCUGAAACACCAGAAAUAGAUAGAAACAGCAUCAAUUUCAAAAAUAGUGAACCCUUUUACUAGUAAUAUUUUCGGAAUUUUCAUUAAUUCAGAAAAAGGUAUACUUCUCAAUUCACAUUAUUUUUUACCAUUAUUCUCACAAUUUCCCUGGAGGAAUUUUGCACAAUAUAUAUUAUUUUCAUGUGACUUAUUAUCAUUAAUAUUGUGAUUACCAUUCUUGAUACCACUUUAAUUAACCCAACGCUAUUCUACAUUAUGUUCACAGGGUUCGUUGCAUUAUAUUGACUAUAAACCAACACCUUUUAGCCGAUCUUCUUACCCUUUUUUUAAAUGACCUAUAAGACUUACAAAUGACAUUCUAGACAUGCUUAAGUCGUGAUCGAUGUAAAAGUUCACCAUUUUAGCGUAGAACAUUAUUUCAUGCAACCACAACUGAUACGUACAUGUCUUAUUUCAAUCACCGUAAUAUAGCAUUUAUGGAUCUAUAACUGUACAGUUUGACGAAAUUACUGAAAACAACUAUUACCUCAAACAUUCCUUGUUUUCAAUACUCUGUGGGGACUUUUGAACCCAUACAAAUUGUUAAAGUAUGUUUCAUUUGUGAAUGGAUCAUGUAUCAGAAUGGGUUUUGUGGAGAAUUUUAGAAAUUUCACAGUGGUGCGGGAUCGUGGAUGCGCACUGCUGAGGAGUCCCAUACCAGGACGAAACGGCCGUCCAGUGCUUCCAGGUUUUCAAUGGUGGUCUAGCUCCAACUGACUCAUGAUUUCAAAAACGGACCAUGUAUCGUUAAUUAUUCAACAACUGUCAAUUUUGAUUGGUGUUCUGUGUUUUAAUAUCCCUCUGAACUAUCAAUUACGUUGUAACUUAUCACUUGCAAUUUUUAUCAUUUUAUUUAUAGAAGCAUGCUUCAGAAACAUUCCAAUCCACCUCUUGGUUUAGAACGGAUUCAUCGAUAUUUCUGUUACGUUUGUGGAACUCUUCUUCCACACAAGUUGGAAGUUCAUGAUUUAUUAGUAUGCCGAAAAUGUAAAACAUCUACGUGUAUGCAUUGGUUCAGUAAUAUGGAUGCAACUUUCAAUACUGAAGCCAAAUCUGGCAAAAUAAACCAAUCUAAUGAUGAUGAGUAUGAAUCCACAUCUUUAUUCUUUCCAUCAAUGAUUAGAGGGGCUAAAAAGAUCUUAAGAUCAGAAAUUGCUUUAAAGGAGGCUUUGGAGUCACAAUUUGAAAACGGUACAUCACAAUCAACAUUUGAUGGACCAACUAUUAGAAAAGAAUGUGCUUAUUGCGGCAAUGAUAGAAUGACUUAUGUUACACUUCAAACUCGUUCAGCAGAUGAAGGACAAACUGUAAUAUAUACUUGUACCCAAUGUUCUAAAAAAGAAAUUGAAAAUACUUGA